AUAGAUAAUCAUUAUACCUGGUCUCCUCCAAUAAUGGGGGGGCGUGCCACAUGAUAGGGGAGGCUUUAGUUACAAAAAGUUGAGAAUCUAUGUACUAGGCUAUAUAUUAAUGUCUUUUUUUUUUUUUUUUUUUUUUUUUAAAUACAGAAUAGAGUGUACCUGGUGUGAUUUAUUCGUAGGGUGACAAGUGUGUACUACAACAUUCUGCACACACUGGAGGACAGUCACCUGCUGGAUGUUAGCAACUGCUUGCAUUUAUUCAGCUGUCAUUAUGUCUUCCUGCCACGCAACCAGGCUGGAUGUCUUUUGUGUAUUUAUUUAUUUUUAUUUUACUUCACGUGCACGUGCAUCCCGACCUGUAAAGGCUUCACUUCCUUUCUAAUGAAUUGAUGUUGCUCGAAGCCGUGCUCCUUGAGUCCUGCACUCUCAGUACUGACUUAUGAUCGGUUGAAUGGAAAGCUCGCAUCUGAUUGGCUACAGAGUGCUACAGACGCACGUGGGAGGAAAGAGCGCUGCCAGGAAAGUCUCAAACACACACAGACACACACACACAUCCAAGGCGAUUAGCGCGCGAAUGACGAUUUGCAAACUUUCUGUGCACAUCUAUGAAUUGUGUUUUGCGUUUGUGAAAUGUAUUUUUACUGAUAUAUCAUUCUAUUUUGCGCACGUGAAUUGCUUUUUGUGAAUAGACUUUUUUUUUACGUGCACGCGAAUUGUUUUUACGUGCACGUGAAUUAUUAAUGAGACUGAUCUAGCUCCAUAUUUCGUCACGCUUAAAAUUGGCUCGCGCUACAGUCACUAGGCGCCAGUGAUGUCAUGUGACGUCAAAGAGGCUGUAUUCUAUAAUUCGAAAUUUCUAUCGAACUUCUCAUCAGAAUUCUGAUCUCAGCGCAGGUAAAGGAAACAGGAGCAAAGAGACAUGAUUUCACUCCGAGCGCGUUGAGAGAACAAGUCUUUUCUUAUUGUGAAGAAGUUCAGUGAGAAUUCAAAAAAGCAGUAUUUUGGGUGGAAGAAUAAAGAAGUUGCCUUUUUCAGUACCUGUGACACCUACAGAAACGUAAGCUUCAUUACAGCUCGGAAACUCCAACAGAGACCCUGCAAACUGUCUCUGUGAAACUGUUACCGGGGUCCGCCCCGGGGCAAACCUCAAAAACAAACAAGAGGUCUCGCCUAACUGCAAUGGAAAGAACAAAUACACAUUUACAAAACUCACUGAGGAUCACGUCAAUGAUUGUGGAAAGGAGCAACACUACACUGUAUGGGCAAGAAAAGGAGACUAUAGCAAGGAAGGAGACGGCCUUAAAUAGGCUUAAUGUGAAAACGGAUAAAACAAAGCCAACCUCAAAAUUCCCAGGGAUGAAAUACGCAAGGGCCAAAGAGGCCCGUGUGAGGACAUAUUUACAAAGCUCAGUGGGGACCAGGAAGAAGAUGACCCUGCCUUGCCAAGUAAGCAAGGCUUCAGAAAGGAAGGAAACAAUCCCAUACAACCCGGUGAGCGAAAUGGCAGAGCUCAAUGAGGAACUGGAGGAGCUGAACGUUUCUUCCUACAUGGAAUUCACCAAACGUGUGCCAUAUCCAUGUGUAUUCAGUUCCAAUGAGAUGAUGCCUGAGGGAAGCACAAAGAGUCCGAAUCCAACUGCCUCUGGGGAAAACAUACAGAGUCAGUGUCGAACUCCCUCUGAUCGAAUCAUAAACAUCAUGACUUCAAUUUAUACUCUUUUCUCUGACACAGACUUUGACUCAGAACUGCUCCCUGGAGGGUUGCCUAAUUUUGGAAGCAACUGCUACGUUAACGCAAGUCUGCAGUGUCUGUUCACCGCUGAGAGUUUCUGCAGAGAGCUCUCCGACCUGCUGGACAAUUCUACACACACACUGGAGUACUCAUUCCUCAGAUGUUUUGUGGAGUUGUCGAGGUUGAGAAACAGCUCUGAAGUUCAAGGUGACAGCGACAUGAGUUUGUUCCUCCAGGCCCUGAUUAUAUCAGCUACAGAAUACAACCCAGAAUUCACCAUCGACAUCCAGAAUGACGCUCAUGAAUUCCUCUGCUACUGUCUGACCCAAAUGGAGGAGUCUGGGCGAAAGCUGGGUUGGCAAGAGGAUGUGAACCCUAGAUGUCCAGUCACGUCCAAUUUCAAGUUCAAGAUGAGGAACAUUAUAACCUGCUCCAGCUGUGGAUCCCAACAGAACAACAACGUGGAAGUGUUUAAUCAUGUCUCUGUGCCCCUGAAGCACGACUCAGUGGACCAGUGCCUCUCUGACGUAGUUCAUAAGCGGACAUUGUUAGAGAGCAAGUGCGAGGUGUGUGGAGGAGACUCUGCCAGCUCCAGGUGGACGUUCCACACUCUGCCCAGGUUUCUGAUUCUGCAGUUGAACAGGUUCAGGAUGACGAAACAUUACACAGUGCAAAAGGUGGAGACGCCAGUGGACAUCACACCUGAGCUGCAGAUAAACUGCUUUCCUCAGUCAGACACACCCAGAAUAGGUAUGUCACAUGCAAAGAACAGCAGAGCUGAGGCCAGAAAGACAGACAGAAAUGAACUGGUGAGAGAGAGACAGAGAGACACAAUGAAAGAUGAAGGUGGAUCAACCUCUAUGUAUCGACUGAUCAGUGUCCUCAACCACAUUGGAAGGACAGCAUGCUAUGGACAUUAUGUGAGUGACUGUUCCAGUCACAGUUCUCACCAGUGGAAGAUUUAUAAUGACCAUCUGGUCAGGCUGACCAGCGAGAUGGACGUGUUAGAGAGGAGGUCGACCAGCGCCUAUGUGCUCCUCUAUGAGAGAGUGAGCACUGGCUGAAGCCCUUCCUCUUCUCCAGAAAGCUGCGAGAAGAUGGAGUUGUGGUGAGAGGUGUCAGAUUGAUGACCUCAGUGGUUCACAGUGUGCCUAAACGUCAGGGUGUGACCGACGUCCAGAUAAUCGAUGAAGAUAUUCUUCUGACGCACAGCCAUAUGUGGAAAUUUUCUAAAUGUAUCUAUGCUUCAACCAAUCAGAAUCAUUCGACUUGACGUAAUGACUAGCUUAGUGAUUGUGUGAAAGUAUAAUUGUUGAUGUAAAGAGUGUGUACGCAGAGCGGCCUGACUUUGGAGCAGGUGCAUUACGUAGGUAGGUGAUGAUGGUAUAUUGCACACGAACACAUAAGCCUAGUUUAUUGAACCACAGUUACACCUGUAACUAGCAUUCAUCGCUUUCAUCCAGUGAAAAGCUCUACUAUACUGUAUAAAUACAUAAGUCGAAAAUAUUUACAGACUUAUUGGCCACUUUUUUAGGAACACCUGUGCACAUCAUUCAAUUAGCCAAUCAUGUGACUGUAGCACUAUUGUAUAAAUUCCUACAGCUACAGGUCUUGAGCAUUAGGUAAAGUUUACAUCAGUGAUCAGAUAAAUAAAUAAAAUAAACAGGCUGGUUUGAGUAUUUCAGAA